AUGGCUACCUCUCGCUCGGUCGCCAGGCUGAUCGCCUUCCGCCGGUCUCCCUUCAUGCCCAUCGGGUCGGCCGCAAACUUCUCUUCCUCGGUGUCCCGCGCAGCCACUCCAGCGGGCCCUCCCCAGCCUGGCUUCCGCUUGCCCCCGCCUAAGCGCUGGGACCAGGGCGCGGAGUCCUCGCUGGAUAAGGCGAGCAAGUACUUCCUCAUGGCCGAGAUCUUCCGCGGCAUGUACGUGGUGCUGGAGCAGUUUUUCCGUCCACCAUACACCAUCUUCUACCCAUUCGAAAAGGGUCCCAUUUCUCCCCGUUUCCGUGGCGAGCACGCUCUGCGUCGUUAUCCUACUGGUGAGGAGCGUUGCAUUGCUUGCAAGCUCUGCGAGGCCAUCUGCCCGGCGCAGGCUAUCACCAUUGAGGCGGAGGAGCGUGAGGACGGCAGCCGUCGGACGACCCGUUACGAUAUUGAUAUGACCAAGUGCAUUUACUGCGGCUACUGCCAGGAGAGCUGCCCGGUCGAUGCCAUUGUGGAGAGUCAGUUUUUCCUCCCCCCGGCUAUAUCUCGGUGUGUGUUCUCGAAUCAGCUAACCUCUCCCAUUAUGCGUGUAGCCUCCAACGCCGAGUACGCCACCGAGACUCGCGAGGAGCUUCUGUACAACAAGGAGAAGCUUUUGGCCAACGGCGACAAGUGGGAGCCCGAGAUUGCGGCUGCUGCUCGUGCAGAUGCUCCCUACCGAUAA